AUGUACGUGCAGCCAAAACACUUGGGCUGUGUUGGCUUAAGUUGCUUUUACUUGGCUGUGAAAAUUGUGGAAGAAGAGAGUAAUAUUCCAUUAGCUACGGACUUAAUCAGAAUAAGUCAGUAUCGGUUUACUGUUAGUGACCUAAUGAGAAUGGAAGGAAUUCUUUUAGAGAAGCUACAUGGAAAAGCAACAACUGCCUUCCAGUUUCUGCAACUUUAUUGUUCAAUUCUGUGUGACAGCAUCAACUGUAAAAGGAACAAUCUUAAAUUAGAGAGACUUGAAGCCCAACUAAAGGCCUGUCAUUGCAGACUUAUUCUUUCAAAAGCAAAGCCUUCAGUACUGGCACUUUCAAUAAUGGCUCUAGAAGCUGAAGAGGAGAAAGUACCAGAAUUGGUUGAGAUAAUACAAUGUCUCCGAAUACAUUCCAAGAUAAAUAGUAGAGAAUUUUCCUUUUGGAAAGAACUUGUAUCAAAGUGCCUCUUAGAAUAUUCCUCAAGCAAAUGUUCCAAGCCAAGUGGACAAAAGCUAAAAUGGAUUGUGUCUGGUCGUACCGCCCGGCAACUGAAACACAGUUAUUACAGAAUUGCCCAUCUUCCCACGAUCCCAGAAACUGGUCCCUAAAAGUGGUAAUCCUGAAGAAGAGCGGAUGGGACAUUGUCUGGCAACAUAUGUUUAAUCAAUAAGGAUAUAAGCUUUCCGGUGCUGAAGCAGAAUUUGUUGGAUUCUUCUGACCUAUGGAAAGUCUAAUUUCAGGAAUAUUAAAUUGCAACAAUUUUUUUAGCUCUGAGCUAUACAACAAUAUAGUGUGUUACCACAAGACUCUUCUUAAUCUUGUCAAGGUUCUUUAUAAAACUGAGGACUUUUUUUUAUAAAACAAUGCUUGGGGCUAAAAUACAAACAAGUCAGCUGUUUUUGUUUUAUCUGUCCUCUGGAAAUGUGAAACCGUGAGUCAUCAUAGAGCUUGAUCCUUAACAAUUCUGCAUUUCUAAACUAAAUGGUGGCAGAAAAUGAAUAUAAAAAUGAACAUAACCGUCACUAAAUUAAUAAAAUAGCUAUGCAUGUAUUUUCUAGUGAGAGUAGGAACAUUACUACUGGAAAGUUGCUACAUCUGAUUCAUAGUAAUGGUAGUGAUUGAGAAACAGUAACAUAAAAUUCAAUACAUAAUUAGAUAAUUCCUUUAAACCAUAAGUGGGGAACUAUGGCCCCUUCAUGAUGCCUCAGGAAUUCUGUGAAUUGAAGUGCACAAGUCAUAAAAGAGCCAUAGUUCCCCAUCUUUGCUUUAAACCAUGAUUCACAUUAGAGGUUUGGAACUGACUUAAAGAUAUGUUGGUCCUAGGUCAUACAGAGUUCAAGAGCCAAAUUUAGUGGUCUAUAUUUAAAGUGUAUUAACAUAAAGAACACAUUUUUAACAAGUAUCAUAUUGUAACCAAGUAUUUGAAAGAAAUUGAAAAGUACAUAAUAUUCACUGUGGAAAUUAAAGCUGUUUGAAGAAUGCAAGUCAGACACCAGCUGAGAAUGUUGGCAAUGUCUAAAAAUAGAAUUAACAUUUUAGAUUUUGCCUCAGUCUUUCACCUCAGUCUUUAGCUCUGCUUGCACAUACCAAAAUUGGUGGCAUGAUAUGACACCUCUGCAUUUCACUGCAAACAGAAGCUAACUAAUUUUACUGCACUUCCCUGGUUUGGAUUAAAAAAAAUUACAUGUUGCUAUUAGAAGCAUAAAAAGUUUUGUUUAUAUUAAGCACAUAUUUGGGGGGAUGUUUGUGGUUUUAGAUUAGUAUCAAGCUUUCAGUAAAACAUUGUUGAAUAAUUUCAAAGCAUAGAAUUUAGUGUUAUGCUACUUUAAACAGUUUUAAUUAUCUUUUCAAUUUGAGAAUAUAUUCUACUGUAUCAGUGUGUGUUCUGCAUUGUUCAGCCCAAAGUUGGAGUGAAUUUUACUAGAAAGAACUUAAGUUGUGCAUUGUGAUUUCUUGAAUGUUAAAAGCCUAAGGAAGCAACAGUUGCUACCCAGCAGUGAUCUAUCAAAUCAACUCUCAACGUUCAAUAGCUUUUAGACUUUGGUUCUUUUUAAGAUCACUUUUUGUAAUAAUGUGUUUCUAAUUAUAUUGUGUUCAUUUUCAUUUUCUACCUAAGUUAUUGUAUGGGCAUUUUACUGGUUGUGUUUAAAUUGCCACAAGAAAAAUUGGAAAAACAAUGCAACAAUUCUUUUCUUUUUAAUUUUAGCAUCUAUACUGUUGGUGUAAUUUGAUAUUGUCCUAAUGUCUCACUUAAAGCUGACUGGCUUGCCUUUAGAAUCAAAGUAACAAAUUUAGAAGACUUACUACAAUUACAGAAAUCUGAAGACUUGUUUUUGGUUUAACCCAGCAUUUGGACAAACCAUUUACUUCUACCUCAUUGCAAGCUGCUCUUCAGAACAAAACUGAUGGGAAGUUUCCUCAAACUAUCAUUUUUUAUGGACGUUAUUAAAUUGAGUGAUUGUAUCUUAUAUGCCUUCAGUAUUUGAAGAGUGAAACUGAACUAUGUUCAAGAUGUUUACAAUGUCAAGAAGGAACUCAUUUUCAAAAUGUGCUAUUAUGCCUAUGAGCAACAAGAGUACCUUUCAAUAAAACACAUUGAAAUGGAAUUGCAUGAAUUUAUUUGAUGGCCUUGGAUUGUGAAAGUAACUUGCUUAAAGAAAAUUCUUUUCCAAAAUGUAUUUUUAUUGUGCUGUAAACAAGGCUAUAUGUUGAGAUAUGUAUGACUGUGUUUACAAGACUUGGCUAGACACAUACCUGGAACACUCUUUGCCAGCUAUCAGUGUGGCCCACCUUUGAUGCUCCCCCAGCAAUUGCAAAGAAAAACUUUGUAUUUCAGAAAAAGUAAUUUCUGCAGCCUGAUAGAAUUGAUUACAUUAUAGAUGGACUUCCGGGAAGUUACCUUGUCUAUAAAAUAGAUCAACCAACCUGGAUUUGGAAAUGGGUGUUGUGUGAAUUGUCAGAUACUCUGGUCCUAGAUUAUGGAUAGCAAUAGCACUCAGACUCCAGUCCAUAUUGCUUUAAAGCACUCUGAGCAUUUUACAAAUGUCAGUAUAUUGCCCCAAACAGUCUGGGUCAUUUUACUAAUCUCGGAAGGAUAGAAGGCUGAGUCAACCUUGAGUCGGUCAGGACCAAACUCCAGGCUGUAGACAGAGUUAGCCUGCAAUACUGUACUCUUACCACUUCAUCAAUGGUGGUUAGAUGUUUUGGAUUUCAGCUUCCAGUCAUCUUAGCCAAUAUGGCCAAGAAUAAUAAAAUAUAUCUAGA